GAUAUCCGGAAAUGCCUGCUCCGGCUGGGGGGGAGGACCCCGGUUUCCGUUCCCGUGUUCUCUUUGUACCGGGUCCUUCCCGGCUGGACCUCUGUCUAGAAGCCUCCAGGUCUCCGGUCCUGCUUUCGGGAGAUGUAAGGAAAUGCCAGCCUUCCUCAUGUUUCCUGUCUCCUCCUCAGCCGCCUUCUGAAAGCUGUUGUUUCCUGCAAGGGUACGAUGAUCGGGACAGCCAGCGUCCAGGGAUCAGUGACCUUCAAGGAUGUGGCUGUGGAAUUUUCCCAGGAGGAAUGGAAACAAUUGGAUGUUGUUCAGAGGAACUUGUUUAAAGAUGUGACGUUGGAGAACUACAGGAACCUUGUCUCCCUGGGACUUUCAGUUGAUAAACCAGAUGUUCUCUUCUACUUGGAGAGAGGAGAUACGCCCUGGAUAAUAGAGCAGCAAGUCCCAAGGAGCACCUGCCCAGUGUGCCUUAAGCCAGGCACUAGGUGUGAAACAAUGGAGGCAAUUCCCAGGCAAGGCAUUUCUGUUGGAAAGUCAUCGAAGGAACAACUUAAGAAGCCUGGAAUCUGUAAUUCCAAAUUUGGAAAAGGCUGGGAAUGUGAUAUUAGAUUAGAGUACCAGGACAGCAGUCAUAAAAAACAGUCCCAGCAAGUUACGAUCACCCACAGAAAUAUUUCUACUAAAUUUGAGCCAAUAAAUAUAACAGAUUUGGAAUAGGCUUUGGUCUGGGCCCAGUCUUGGUUCCACAUCAGAGAGUUCAUAUAGGACAAAGUCUGCAGAAAUGUGAUGCACAUAGAAAGAACUUCAAACAGUGUUUAGAUGAAAGUAAUCACAUUGGAAUCUUUUUUGACAAGAAGCUUUGCAAGUGUAAUCAAUCAAUGUAGGGAGGCAUUCAGUUGCCUUUCAGACAUUAUUCAACAUCAUAAGAAAGAUAUUGAAGAAAAUUCAAAUGCAUAUGAUGAACGUGGGGAAGUGUUCAGUUGCCGAUCUUGUCUUAUUCUACAUUGGGGAGUUUAGAUUGAAGAAGAACCCAUUGAGUAUAAUGAAUGUGGUCAGUCCUUUAGUUGGCAUCAGCCUAUUACUGAACAGAAAAACAAUUCUUAUGGGAGAGAAACACUUUAAAUAUAACUAAUGUAGGAAAUUGUUUAAUCAUACUAGAUACCUUGCUAACCAUAAGAGAAGUCAUACUGGAGAGAAACAGUUGGAAUGUAGCAACUGUGGGAAAUGUUUUACUCAAUUUUACCCAGGACACCUUACUAAACAUAAGAGACUUCGUACAGGAGAGAAACCCUUCGAAUGUAAUGAAUGUGGCAAAUCAUUUAGCCUGAAGGAAAGGCUUACUACACAUGAGAGGAUUCAUACUGGAGAGAAACCCUUCAAAUGUAAUGAAUGUGGCAAAUCCUUUAAUCUUCGUGGACACCUUGAUAGCCAUAAGAGAAUUCAUACUGGAAAGAAACCUUUUGAAUGUAAUGAAUGUGGGAAAUGCUUUACUCAGAGUGGAGACCUUAUUAAACAUAAGAGAAUUCAUACUGGAGAAAGACCCUUUGAAUGUAAUGAAUGUGGGAGGUCUUUUGGCAGGAGAGAAUGACUUACCACAUAUGAGAGGAUUCAUACUGGAGAGAAACCUUUUGAAUGCAAUGAAUGUGGGAAAGCCUUUAGCAGAAAGGAACAGCUUACCACACAUAACAAGGAUCCAUACUGGAGAGAGACGCUUUGAAUGUAAUAAAUGUGGUAAAUCUUUU